CCAGGCAUGCCCUCAGUGGAGGUCUCUUUGCACACGUUGAGCUUUAUCGGUGUCCUCCAGCCACCACUGAGUCUCCAGUUCAUCCAGCUCCUGCCAGAACGAACACACAGUUCAUCUAUCUUCUUCCAGAACACACGUGGCAUGGCUGUGUGGCACAGACCUUCAUGAGCCGGUACCAGGCAACCCUGCUGGGGCUCGGCCUGCUGCUUGUGCUUCUCCUGUAUGUGGGCCUGCCUGGCCUGCCUGAGCAGAAUUCCCAGCUCUGGAGGGGCCCCAAUGUCACAGUCCUGGCUGGUCUCACCCAAGGCAACUCUCAGAUAUUUUACCGUGAGGUGUUGCCUAUCCAGCCAGCACACAGGGUGCAACUGGUGUUUCUCCAUGGGAAGGCAUUUAAUUCCCACAUAUGGGAACAGCUGGGCACACUGCAGCUACUGUCCAAGAGAGGCUACCGGGCUGUGGCCAUUGACCUCCCAGGUUUUGGGAACUCAGCACCUUCAAAGAAAGCAAGCACAGAGUCAGGACGAGCGGAGCUGCUGAAGCAGGUGCUGCGGGACCUAGAGGUGCAGAAUGCUGUGUUGGUGAGCCCUUCCCUGAGUGGCAGCUAUGCCCUGCCCUUCUUGAUGCGAACCCACCACCAGCUCCGUGGAUUUGUGCCCAUUGCACCCACCUCCACACGGAAUUACACACAGGAACAAUUCUGGGCUGUGAAGACCCCAACUCUUAUCCUGUAUGGGGAGCUGGACCACACCUUGGCACGAGAGUCACUUCAGCAGCUCCACCACCUGCCCAACCACUCUGUGGUGAAGCUACACAACGCGGGCCAUGCCUGCUACCUCCACAAUCCGCAAGCUUUCCACCUCGCCCUUCUUGCAUUCCUUGACCAUUUGCCUUGAAUGGACUCUCUUCACAGAACUGACCUUGAAGGGUCUAGACGCUCUCUCUCCUCUUCCAGGGAGGCCAGCCCUGAGUGGGAUUGGGGACAGAGGAUCAAGCCCAGCCAGGACUUUUGAUUUCAUUUCACAGGCACAAUAAAGAAAAGCCCUUUUGUCCCGCCUGGA